AUGGCCUCCAACGCCGACCCGGACGCACCUCGAACCACAGAAAUCCCCGCUCUCGCUGACGGAGGCGGAGGAGGCGUGCUCGCCGCCCAGGCUGACAAAAAACCGGAAUACUAUGUCACGGUUAUCCUGUACAAGGACCAUAAGCGUCUCCCCGGUUUGAUUCAACAGGUGGAAGAUGCGGGUUGCGUCGUCGCGAUGAGCAACUGUACAGUGGCCCCUACUUUCACGUUCAUCAUGCCAAAGGGCGUUCGCAACCCUCUUGAAGAACUUGCGGCAGAAAAAGACUCACAUAUGAGAUGCAUCAUCACCAAGGUCAAGAAACAAGAGGCUGCAGAACUUUCCCAGCUAGAGCGGCCAAUUGUCCAAGACGUUGGCGAAGAAGACUAG